AUGGCCGACUCCGAUCCUGGCCUCUUCGCGCAAAUACUAGGCCGCGCCGCCUACGAGUUUUCUGUCCUGCAACCCAUGCUUCCCACCUACAUCCACCUCAUAGCCUCGGCCCUCUUCCCCAUCUACACAGGCGCGCACGCCUCGCUCUCGCGGCCAUCCACCGCUGCCAAGCCGACGAAGAAAAAGAAAAAGGACGACGUCGACGGUGACGACGAUGAAGAGGAUGAUGACACGGACGACGAAGACGAAGACGAACAGCGCGUCAUGGAAGGCCUGUCCCCGACAGACGCCAUCCUGAUGCCUCUCUUCGCUGGCACAGCUCUUGCCUCACUCUACUUUCUGCUCAAGUGGAUGAAGGACCCCGCACUGCUAAAUAAGCUCCUCAACGCAUACUUUGCCAUCUUCGGUGUCUUUUCCGUCUCGCGGCUUGUCGCUGAUGCUCUCGAUAUCGGCCACUCGAUCAUAUACCCACGUCGCCAUGUCCACCGUGGCGCGCUAUACCAUGUCGAUGGCAAGGAGAGGCAGGCUGUGCCGCUAUCAGCGACCUCGACAGACAAGCAGCCCAUGACUACACCUCUGCCCGGUUUUCUGGCCAACAUUCCAUUGCACAAACGCGUGAGAGACAUGCUGUGGUCAGAUAGAGCGAUGCCUGGAAACAAGUGGACUCUGAAGCUUCAUCUCAAGCGCGCCCUGGCUGCAAAGUUCAAAUUUGGUCCUCAUGAUCUGGUUGGGCUUGCAGUUGCGCUGGCUGCGGUGGCAUACUUCAACCUGGUGGAUAAGCCAUGGUACCUCACAAAUUUGCUGGGUUUUGCGUUCUCCUACGGAGCUCUGCAGCUCAUGUCACCUACGACAUUUGCGACGGGUAGUCUGAUUCUGAGCACGCUUUUCUUCUACGACAUUUACUUUGUCUUUUACACGCAAUCACUCGACGUCCCGAUUAAGCUCUUGUUUCCACGCCCUGGUCCCGUCGAUGACCCCACCCAAGGUCCUUCUUACGCCAUGCUCGGUCUCGGAGACGUCGUGCUACCUGGCAUCAUGAUUGGCCUCGCGCUCCGAUUUGAUCUCUAUCUAUUCUAUCUCCGCCAACAAAAGCGCAUACCUGCAGCCACUCAGGGCGAGGAAGAUAUCAUUCAGAAGCCCAGGUACCAGUCUCUAGCUGGACGCUGGACCGACCAUUUUUGGACACACUCUCUUACCGGCCGACCGUUGUGGACUGCUUCCAAACUCUCCGAUAGUGAGAGUGAAGUGCCUUUUACCUUCCCCAAGACAUACUUUCGCGCUAGUCUGGCAGGAUAUAUUUUGGGCCUUUUAGCCACGCUUGGUGUCAUGAUGGUAUGGAACCACGCACAGCCGGCGCUACUCUACUUGGUACCUGGCGUACUCGGUAGCAUAUGGUUUACGGCCCUUGUUCGGGGUGAGAUCAAUUUGAUGUGCCAGUAUACCGAAGAGAUUGAAGAGGAAGAGAACAGCAAGACCACCGGGAACGACAAAGAAGCCAAAUCACCUGCAAAUAGCGUCAAGGAUAAGCAGGAUAACCUUCCGGCCAACGAGACCGGCGGCAAGAAGUCUGCCGCCGUCAAAGAAAACCAACAUGAUGGCCGGGCCAAAAGCCGGAGACCAGCCCGAGAACUCUUCUCCUUCUCCAUCGAGGCACCUCCGCUGCACAAGGAUGCAAAGCCUGCCGAGAACAAGGUAGACGUCUUGCCCGACGCCAUUGACGAAAAGCACAACUGGGCGCCGUCAAAGAAUGUUAGUCGAGCCACUGGCGCCGAGCCCGUCGGCAAGCGUGUCAGGUUGAGGUGA